AUGGCCGACUAUCUGAUCUCAGGGGGAACCGGCUAUGUUCCAGAUGAUGGGAUGACUGGGGCCCACCUGUUUGGUUCAGGAGAUGGUCUUACCUAUAAUGACUUCCUGAUUCUCCCAGGGUUUAUAGACUUUGCUGCCAUGGAUGUGGAUCUGACCUCAGCACUGACCAAAAACAUCAGUCUUAAAUCUCCCCUGGUGUCUUCUCCCAUGGACACGGUUACAGAGUCACAGAUGGCCAUUGGUAUGGCGCUUUGUGGUGGAGUGGGAGUAAUUCAUCACAACUGCACACCAGAAUUUCAAGCAAAUGAAGUUAGGAAAGUUAAAAAAUAUGAACAAGGCUUCAUUUUGGACCCUAUUGUCAUGUCCCCAAAAAACACCGUUGGUGAUGUCGUGGCAGCCAAGCAGAAGUACGGGUUUUCUGGCAUUCCUGUUACAGUGAAUGGACAUAUGGGAGAGAAGCUUGUGGGCCUCGUCACACAGAGAGAUGUAGAUUUUCUAUCGCAGCAUGAAUACUCAACACCUAUUGAGAAUGUGAUGACUGGUGUAGCUGAUCUCACAGUUGCCCAUGCUGAUGUUACACUAAAAGAUGCCAACCUAAUUUUACAGAAAAGCAAGAAAGGGAAACUGCCAAUAAUCAAUGAAGACGGGGAGCUGGUAGCUUUAAUAGCUCGCACAGACAUGAAGAAGAACAGGGAGUUCCCACUAGCAUCUAAAGAUGACAAGAAACAACUUUUGGUUGGAGCAGCAGUUGGAACACAUGAAGAUGACAAAGAACGGAUAGCACAAUUAGUUCAAGCAGGAGUUGAUUUUCUUGUUUUGGACUCAUCACAAGGCAACUCUGUCUACCAGAUAAAUCUGAUCCGCUACAUCAAACAGAAAUAUCCAGAUAUGCAGAUUAUUGGGGGCAAUGUUGUAACUGCAGCACAGGCCAAAAACCUGAUUGAUGCUGGGGUGGAUGGCUUGAGAGUUGGCAUGGGCAGUGGCUCUAUUUGCAUUACACAAGAAGUGAUGGCUGUUGGUCGACCACAAGGAACAGCCGUCUACAAGGUGGCAGAAUAUGCUCGAAGAUUUGGUGUGCCUGUAAUUGCUGAUGGUGGCAUUUCCAAUGUAGGGCACAUCAUCAAGGCCCUGUCCCUAGGUGCUUCCACAGUAAUGAUGGGUUCCCUAUUGGCUGGAACAUCAGAAGCCCCAGGAGAAUACUUUUUUGCUGAUGGCGUUCGACUGAAGAAGUACAGAGGAAUGGGAUCGCUGGAUGCCAUGGAACAGCAUAAGGCAUCACAGAGCCGAUAUUUCAGUGAGAGUGAGAAGAUCAAGGUUGCCCAGGGUGUGUCAGGUGCCAUUGUCGACAAGGGUUCCAUUCACAAGUUUUUGCCUUACCUCAUUGCUGGUAUUCAACAUGGCUGCCAGGAUAUUGGUGCCAAGAGUCUGUCCAUCCUUAGGUCUAUGAUGUAUGGAGGAGAACUUAAAUUUGAGAAAAGAACAACUUCAGCUCAGAUUGAGGGAGGGGUCCACGGCCUUCACUCAUACGAGAAGCGCCUUUACUGA